CCUAGCUGGCUGGCCUGCUUGAUAUGGUUAUUUUUUAUUCUAGGUCAAAUAUAUGUCGGGAGUCCUAAUCCAAUUUGAAAUUGUCCUCAAUACAACCGAUCUUGCUCCGAACUAGCUUAACCAUUGUACUAUCCAAGCUCCCAACUGUGACAAGCCAAUCGAGGUAGAGGUACUUCGGAGCUAUACGAGCUCUAGUGUUGGUAUGGUAUGCAUAUCAAAUUGGGUCAAGCUCUGUUUUGAUCUAAUUUGGUCAAACUGAAUUGCGAUCAUACAACACCAGACACCAGUCCUUUUGGUGGCCAUUAAUUCAAAUGUUAGGUCACCAUUUGCCCACGCAGUUUGAGGGAUAUCUCACAAUUUAUCCCUUUCCUAUGAUAACACCACCACCUACUCCCUCUAUUUCUUAUCUUUUCCUUAAAAAAAAAAAACAUAUAAUAGCAGCUUCUUUCUUGCUUUCAUUUCCAAAUUCCAGUUACAAGGGAAAGGGAAGUUCUGAGAGAGAAUAAAUCAGAAAUGGCUACAGUUCCUCUCCACGCGAGUCGCACUCUACCUUCGUUACUGAAUAGCCCAACACCUCGAAAACCUGCAUUUUCUCACUCUCUUUCGCUUUUACCAAAAUCAGCGCAGUAUCAAUUUCAUGGCCUCAAGCUCUCCACCUCGUCCCACCUGUCAAUCACUUCUUCUGCUCCUGCAAAAUUUUCAAUCGUUGCCAAGGUAACAGAAGGGACGAUACCACCGGCAUUUACAUUGAAAGACCAAAGUGGGAGGACUGUAAGCCUUUCUAAGUUCAAAGGAAAGCCUGUAGUUGUUUAUUUCUAUCCUGCUGAUGAAACCCCUGGCUGCACCAAACAGGCAUGUGCCUUUAGGGACUCUUAUGAAAAGUUCAAGAAAGCAGGUGCUGAGGUUGUCGGAAUCAGCGGGGAUGAUUCAUCAUCCCACAAGUCAUUUGCGGAGAAAUACAGACUUCCAUUUACCUUGUUAAGUGAUGAGGGCAAUAAAGUCAGAAAAGAUUGGGGUGUCCCGUCGGACCUUUUUGGUGCAUUGCCCGGAAGGCAGACUUACGUGCUUGACAAAAAUGGAGUGUGUCGUCUUAUUUACAAUAAUCAGUUCCAACCUGAAAAGCAUAUUGAUGAGACCUUGAAGUUUCUCAAAAGCAUUUGAUACCGACCCACAUGAAUAUUUUCCAGCACUAUUCAUCCAUGAUGUAAAAGUGACGGUUGGCUUUCGCUCUACUUGCGUAAUUGUUUUGUGAUAUAUACGAGUGCAUCUCAUUUCAUUCUGUUUUUGGUUGUCACACAUGCGAUCAUUUUGGAAAUAUUAUAUGAAUAAGUAAACGGUGAAGGCUUUCUUUUAUUUUUGUAUUCUUUCGGAAUGUACGAUGAUGCAAGACUGGGAAUGUUGUUUAUAUGAAGGAUAGAUUAGAAAUUUGAAGUAGUAAUUUGUGAUUUUAUGAUAUUCUUUACAUGAAAUUAGAUCAAGUUAUAUUAUUGGGAAGCAGGAAAAGGAAAAAUCAAAACAGGGGAUGGAAUAUGUGACUGAAUGGUUAUGGACCUUUUAAUUGUUUUACUCAAGAAGUAAAAUUGAAGCCUUUUUAUUCCCAUGUAAACGAGUUCAAACAUACUGGUACACUACUAACCCAAAUUAUUUGUUUGAUCCCCUAC